GAGGUUAGCAGUCAUAAACAAAACAGCACUUCUGAAGACACUGAUAAUGAUGUUGAGGUGUACCCAUAUGGGGAGCUCAUAAUUUCAUUGGGCUUCUUCUUGGUGUUUUUUAUCGAAAGUCUGGUGCUCCACUGUUGUCCCCAAGCUGUUCACUCCCACGGCAACCAUGAAAAUUACGAGGAUCACAAGGAGCUGCCACCUUCUCACAGUUCCUUCCGGGCAUUUAUACUCUUCCUGUCACUGUCUUUUCAUUCAGUCUUUGAAGGACUUGCCAUUGGUGUGCAAAAGGAGACAAUAGACACCAUUCAACUUUGCGUGGCCGUGCUCAUCCACAAAGCCAUUGUGAGCUUCAGCUUGUCCUUGAAGCUGGUGCAGAGUAGCACCAAGUUCCAAUGGAGGAUGCUCUACGUGGUGGUCUUUGCUUUGAUGUCUCCUACUGGUAUCAGCGUGGGCAUCGGUGUGUCUCUUUUCAAUGGGGAUGGGAGCGGUCUGGCUCAAGCAAUCCUUGAAGGGGUGGCAGCAGGAACUUUCCUCUAUGUCACGUUCCUGGAAAUUCUUCCUUAUGAGCUGGGUUCACAUGAAAGCCCUCUCACCAAGUUCUUCUUCAUCAGCCUAGGCUUCUCUAUCAUGGCUGUCAUUGCCAUUUGGGCAUGAAGAGUUGCUCAUGCUAAGGACCCCUGUCAGCCAUCACUGAUACACGGACCUGCUAUUUUUGUCUUCUCUGGCGUUUUGUAUUGUGUAUGUUAAUGUUGUAUAAGCCAUUAUACUUGCCUCGACUGCCUUGACGAAAGCAUAGGAUGAAGAGAAGCCUAUAACAGUCCUCCAGGGAAAAGGUGCAAGAGAAAACUAAGAGCUCCAGGUAAAAAUUGUUGACUGUGACAAAUAAAAACAUUGAAUGGACUCACUUUCACUUCUGGAGCUACUGGAAGGCUAUAAUUCAGUCUUCCCAAUCAGCUGUUUUCCAUAAAACUGAAGACUGUAGAUUAGAACAAAGUGUUUGUUUUUUUAAAAAAAAUGCAUUAUGGAAAAAGCAGAGGCGAUUGCAGUGGAGGUCAAUGAUGAACGUGGAGUUGUGCUGUCUCAGGACCAGCUCCACCCUUUUCUACAUGUGUCAUGAUGCUGCACGGAUGUAUGAAAGGGGCCCAGGUACU